UCAGUUCUGCCGCAGCAGUCGUCGGAGCAACAAACUAAAAAUCCACAACUAAAACCAACUGAACGGAACAGUAGCCACGCAGUGGAGAGUGCCACUAAAAACAUUGUGAAAAUACAAGAAACAUACGAGAAUUGUCUGUCAAGUGAACGAAAACGAGCCAAAGUGCUGUAGGAAAUAGAGUGAGGCUUUGAUAGUUUCUCGCUAGUGUUUUCAAGGGCACAGCAGCACAGCAAACAAUUCUGCUGAAAACUGAACAACAACCAUAACAAAAUAUUUUCAAACACACCGAAAACAAGUUGCCAUAAUUCAGCGAGAGGGUCCAAAGUCCCGGGCAGAACAAAACCCGGAGAGCUGGUGCCGCCGCCAAUAAGCGGCGUAUUUGACCGCCUUCCAAUAAAAAUGGCCACCAUAUAAAACUAAACAGGGAACACACAGACACAAAACAGCAGCAACACACAGUCAUAGCCAUAUAUAUAGGUGCGAUUGCGAUUAGACAAGAAGAUUAAAACAAGGCCAACACAAGAGAGGACGCAGAAAGAGUCCCAAAAGGAACGAAACAGAACAUAACGGAAAGGAAAGAAGAGGCAAGUCCAAGCAGACACAAAGAUGAACAGCCUGGCGCGCGUCUUUAGCAAUUUCCGAGACUUCUACAACGACAUCAAUGGAGCCACCUUGACGGGGGCCAUCGAUGUGAUCGUGGUGGAGCAGAAGGACGGCGAGUUCCAAUGCUCGCCCUUCCAUGUGCGCUUCGGCAAGCUGGGCGUGCUGCGCAGUCGCGAAAAGGUGGUGGAUAUCGAGAUAAAUGGCGCACCCGUGGACAUUCAGAUGAAGCUGGGCGAUGCGGGAGAGGCUUUCUUUGUGGAGGAGUGCCUUGACGAUGACGAUGAUGAGCUGCCAGCGAACCUGGCCACAUCUCCCAUACCCUUGAGCUUCAUGAAUCUGCGGGAACACGGCAACGACACCAUGGAGGAUAUCAGCGGUGUGACAGCCGACAAAAACGCUAGCGAGGAGUUGCAGAUUCCCCUGCCCCUGCCGCGACGCAACUCCAUCGACUUCUCCAAGGAGGAGCCCAAGGAAGCGGCCGCAGAUGGGAAACAAUUCGAGAAUCAAGCCUCGGACUACACCAUGCGCAGGCACACGGACAACACACUGGAGAGGCGCAAUCUGAGCGAGAAGCUCAAGGAGUAUACCACACAGAAGAUUCGUCAGGAGUGGGCGGAGCACGAGGAGCUCUUCCAGGAGAAGAGCGAGAAGAAGCCAGCGGAAGCGGAACCCGAGGCGGUAAAGGAAGUCGAGAAGGCGAAGGAGAAGGAGCAGCCAAAGCCCGAUAUAACUGUAUCAUCAGUGGCGCCCAGUGAGGUGGCCAAGGAUCCCAAGGAUGUUUCCAAGAGCAAGACCAAGAAGCGGCGCAAGAAGACGCAAAUGAAGAAGAACGCACAGCGCAAGAAUUCCUCGAGCAGCUCAGUGGGUAGCGCUGCCGGCGGCGACAUCACCACCGCCACCGCCAACACCGCCUUGGGUGUGGCCACAGUGGCAAACAUUGAUGAAGGCGAUGCCCCAGCUAGUUCCAUUGCAGCCAACAACUCUGCCAACUCCUCCUCCAACGACGAGCAGCCCUCGGCCCCAUUACUCACGGCUCACACAGGAGACGAUAGUCUGUCCCACACCACCCCAACUCCAGCCCCAAAGCAGCAUCUAGACCUGGAUAUUCACUUCUUUAGCGACACAGAGAUCACAGCGCCAUCGGGAGGCGGUCCCAACCGUCCCUCCAGCCCCAUCCAGAGCGACAGCGAGCUGGAGACAACGAUGCGGGCGCGGGACCAGCGCCAAUGCGGCGACGAUACAAACGCCACCAACUGGAAUUGGGGCGAGCUGCCGGAACAGGCCAAGACAGAGGCCAUCAGUGAGGCCGAUGCGCAGCAGGUCGACCGACACUCGAUGCUCAGCAGCAUGUUCAGCUUCAUGAAGAAGGCCAAUCGGCUGCGCAAGGAAGUCGGCAACGAGGCGGGAGACAUCUAUCUAUCCGAUCUGGAUGGCACCAUGGACCCGGAGAUGGCAGCCCUCUACUUUCCCAGUGCCAAGUUGAAGGAGUCUUCGCCGGCCACAGCGCUGGAGGAGGACCGGGAGAGCGGCAAUGGCACCAGCCUGCCACACUCACCCAGCUCCCUGGAGGAGGGCCAGAAGAGUCUGGACUCGGACUUUGAUGAAACCAAGCAGCAGCGUGACAAAAAAUAUUUGGACUUUGUGGCCAUGUCCAUGAGUGGCAUGCCAGAGAACGGAGGACCCCCCUCGGAGGAGGAAUUUGACCGGCAUUUGGUCAGCUAUCCAGAUGUGUGCGCAAACCCCAGUCUGUUCUCAUCGCCAAACCUAGUCGUACGUCUAAAUGGCAAAUACUACCCCUGGACGGCUGCAUGUCCCAUUGUCAUGACAAUGAUCACCUUCCAGAAGCCACUAACCGAAGAUGCCAUUGAGCAGUUGAUAUCGCAAAAUGUCGAAGGCGAUAAGCCCGAAAUGCCCGAGGCUGUCCAGGCUGGACCUGCGGGUCAAACAAAGCGCUACUGGUGGAGCUGGAGACGCUCACAGGAUGCAGCGCCCAACCGUGUCAGCCACGGCUUGUCCCCCGGCAAAGACGAGAAAGAUGGGGAACCGGCUGCUGCAGUGGCGACGCAGACCUCGCGACCACUCUCACCCACGGACAUGAGCGAGCUGACGCCGAGCAAGAGUGACUCUCUGGCAGAGCAUGCAGAGAACACCUCGGCGCUGGUCGACAACCUCGAGGAGCUGACCAUGGCCUCCAACAAGAGCGAUGAGCCCAAGGAGCGCUACAAGAAAUCCCUGCGCCUUAGCUCGGAAGCCAUUAAAAAACUAAACCUCAAGGAGGGCACAAACGAGAUCGAGUUCAGCGUGACGACCGCCUACCAGGGAACGUCGCGCUGCAAGUGCUACCUGUACCGAUGGAAGCACAACGACAAGGUGGUGAUCUCGGACAUUGAUGGGACCAUUACGAGGUCCGAUGUGCUGGGCCACAUACUGCCGAUGGUCGGCAAGGACUGGGCCCAACUGGGUGUCGCUCAGUUGUUCUCGAAGAUCGAGCAGAACGGCUACAAGUUGCUCUAUCUAUCGGCCCGUGCCAUCGGCCAGUCGCGACUGACACGCGAGUAUCUGCGCUCCAUCAGGCAGGGGAAUGUGAAGCUGCCCGACGGGCCGCUGCUGCUGAAUCCCACCUCCCUGAUAUCGGCAUUCCAUCGCGAGGUUAUCGAGAAGAAGCCGGAGCAGUUCAAGAUCGCCUGCCUGUCGGACAUUCGGGAUCUCUUCCCCGAAAAAGAGCCCUUCUACGCCGGCUAUGGCAACCGGAUCAAUGAUGUGUGGGCCUAUCGGGCUGUGGGCAUUCCCAUCAUGCGCAUCUUCACCAUCAACACCAAGGGCGAGCUGAAGCACGAGCUGACACAAACAUUCCAAUCCUCUGGCUACAUCAAUCAGUCGCUAGAAGUCGACGAGUACUUUCCCCUGCUCACCCAUCACGAUGAGUACGAGUACCGCACGGAUGUGUUCGACGACGACGAGUUGGAGGACGAGCUGCAGUUCAGCGAUGAUUACGAUGUGGAUGUAGAGCCCGACAUGAGUGACGAUGACGAUGACGAUGACGAUGCCCUCUACGAUGAUGAUUUUGCCAAUGAAGAUGAUGGCGAACCCGGUGAACAGUCGGCAGAUGUUGGCCUCAUUAUGCGAAGCCGACGACUGUCGACCAAGAACGAAGUCGCGUUGCUGUCCUCGAGCCGAGACCUAACGUGGCUCAAUUCCCAGACCACAUAACCAUAUGGCCAGCACCCUGCCCAAGUCCUUCCCAAAGAAGGUUGUGUGCAAGCAAGAAUGACUUUGAAUGAAUUGUGAUAAGAGUUUUCUGAGAGAACUAUCAGGAGUGUGUCCUUGUCCCAUGUUUGUUAUGUCAAGGCAGAAGUGGAACCCGGGAGCUUAGCUCCCGGAACAGAAAGUAUUUUGCUCAGCAGCAGCAGAUCUAAAUGUUUAGCUUUAAGGUGGAAGAGCGAAACGCCGAGAGUACCUUUUGGAUAUAGUCGUAUCCUACUAUAUCUAUAGCCAUAUAGCCAUAUACCCAAUAAACGAUAUCAAUAUGUUCGCUGUGAUGGAAA